AUGGCCAAUGAAACUGAAGAACAUAAAACAAGAAGUCAUAAACCUUCUUCUUCUCUCGAAGCAGUUCUAGAAGAAUUUGAGGGUAAUAGUACUAUCGCAGAACUGGUCAAAAGUACGCCAUUGGCAGAUCCCAAAGCUGCCACUGAACCGAUAGCCAAUAUUCCACACCGUCCCCGUCGUCGAAGUAGUGUAUCGAUUCUUCAAACACUUGCCCAUUCUCAUCUACUGUCGACAAGUGAUGCUCGAAGACGAAAUUUUCUUGUUGGAUCUUCACGACAAUUACCAGAAAAUGCUAUGAAUGAUAUAUCUUCAUGUUUUCCAAAUGGACGAUUAUUGACAAUAAUGGUAGUAACAUGGAAUACAGGUGAAGCACCAAAAUUAUAUGAACAAAAUUUUACACCAACAGCUCGAGAAACAGCUCAACCAAAAGAACGUAUGCUAGAUGAUAUGUGUGAUAUAUUAUUACCAACAUGUAUUGAUUAUGUUUCUGAUUUAAUUGUUGUUUGUACACAAGAAAUGUCUGCAUCAAAAAAUAGAACGGAUUGGGAAAUUUUACUUCAAGAAGUUAUUGGUCAAAAUCAUGUUUUAUUUCAUUCAGUUCAUUUUGGUACUUUAUCAUUAUGCAUAUUUUUACAAAGAAAUUUAAUUUGGUAUUGUACUGAACCUGAAGAAGAUAUUAUUAAGUUUCGAGCUGUGAAUCCUAUACGUACAAAAGGUUCAUUAGUUGUAACUUUUAAUCUUUUUGGUACAUCAUUUAUGAUUAUUAAUUCACAUUUUGAUGCUGGUGAGGGUACUGAAGGUCGAUCAAAUCGACGAUUAAAUUUUCAAAAUACAUUAGACAAAUUAGCAAUACCACAUGAAUUUGUUCAAAGAGCUAUUGCACCAAGUAGAUCUCUAGUAUCUUUAGUUGAUGAAGAAACCUUAAAACGUUCUGAGUCAACAGUAUCACUUGAUACUGUUCAGAAUACAGGUGUAGAUAUAACAAAAGCAUGUGAUUGUAUUCUAUGGGCUGGUGAUAUGAAUUUUCGAAUUGAAAUGAACCAUCAACAAGCAUUAGAUCAUUGUAAUGAAAACAAUUAUGCUGAAAUUUUACUUAAAGAUGAAUUUCGUAUGUUACAACAGAAAACAGGUGAUCGAUAUUGUGAUUUUAAAGAAGCGAAUAUUGAUUUUCCUCCGACAUAUAAAUUUAAUUUACGCUCUAACGAUGAUACUUAUGCUAAAAAUCGAAUACCAUCAUAUACAGAUCGUAUUAUAUAUCGAGAUAAACCAGGAUUACAAAUUCAAUGUACACAAUAUAAAUCCAUUGAAAAUGUAAAACAUUCUGAUCACAAACCUGUUAUUGCUCAUUUUCGUCUUAAACUUAAACCUGGUUUACAUACAGGAAAUCCUGCAUAUGGAAAAUUUAAUCGUGAAGUUUACAAGCGUGGUUGUGAACAACGUGAACGACAUCAUUCAUUAGGUGUUGGUGUAGAAAAUAAUAAAAAACGUCGACAGCCUAUAACUAACAGUUCUACUUGUGUUCUUCUGUGA